AUGAUGGACCAAAUAUGGACUCUCGAGGGAGUCGGUAUUCAAGAGCACGAGACAGAAAAACCGCAUCCUGUCAUGGAAAAUUUCGAACGAACAAUUGAAUACAAAGGAGCUAGAUACGUGGUUGCUCUACCCUGGAAAGAUGAAGUCUCAAUGGAAGACAACAAGGAUAUCGCAUUGAGACGGUUCUCACAAGUUACCAGAAGACUCACCAAAUCCUCUGAAUUGAUGAUCAACUACGGUACUGGAAUUCGUGAAUAUAUCAGGUCAGGCGUCGCUGAUAGGGGUAUAGAAUCUACGGGAACUCAAAACAAGACAGGACAUACUUACUACAUGCCACACCACGCAGGGGUAAAGGAAGACCGUAUAACGACUAAAAUAAGGAUCGUCUUCGAUGCCUCGGCGCAUGAAGCCUUCACCAGGUCAUUGAACGCCAACUUGAACGCUGGUCGAAACCUCAACCCAGACAUAAUGACGAUGCCUUUGUCAAAUAUGCAGAAGAAGGUAGACAUCGACAUCGACAUCAAAGGUGCCUGUAAAACAUCGACAUCAAAGGUGCCUGUACAAAAACUGAAAAAGCUCAUGAAAAAGCUUUGGCAAGCUUUCGGAGGGACCUACGUCGUACCUGAAUAA